AUGGAUAAAACUUGCGAAGGGUUGAAGGUUCUUAUCGUGGGGGCUGGCUUCGCCGGCCUAACGGCUGCCAUCGAAUGCCGCAAGAGGGGGGCAACAGUCAUUCUCUUCGAGGGAAACAAGGAGCGGAGACAACUCGGAGACAUCAUCAGCUUUGGUUCAAACUCUGGACGAAUCUUCCGUAGCUGGCCUGGCGUUGCGGAGGCAAUGGAUCCGAUAUGCCAUCACAGCUCCGGCCUCGACUUUCGUGCAUUUGAUGAUACAUUCUUAUGUCGACAAAGUUGGGAAGUGGAAGAGUCUUGGGGAAAGAGAUUCAAUGGCCACCGAGGAGAAAUUCACGAAAUCGUCUGGAACCAUGCCCUGAGCCUGGGUGUGGAGAUUCGCUUAGGCAGCAAGGUGUUGGAAUACUUCGAGACAGACUCGGAGGCCGGAGUGGUGGUGAACGGCGAAAGGAUCAGCGGCGAUGUGGUAUUAGCUGGUGACGGUGUGAGAAGUCUCGCGCGGACCAUUGUUCUGGGGUUCGAGGACAAGCCCAAGUCGAGUGGAUAUGCCGUCUACAGGGCUUGGAUGGGAACUGAGGAGUUGAAGAAGGAUCCCGCGACAGCUUGGUUGGCGGAUCCUACAGUUGAUCAUCAUGUUGCGUGGCUCGGCCCCGACGUGCAUUUCAUCGUUGCCACGCUGCAGAAAGGGACAGCGUGCAGCUGGGUGUUAACGCACAAAGACGAUGCCGACGUGGAAGAAAGCUGGUCAGCUCCGGGUUCCGUGGACGAGGCUGUGAAAACAGUGAAAGACUGGGCCCCCGUAGUCCACUCCAUCAUCCGAAAAACACCCCAAGACAAGCUUGUGGAUUGGAAACUUGUCUUUCGAGACCCCUUACCCACCUGGAUUAGCCCAAAGUGCCGCAUCGCCUUGAUGGGAGAUGCCGCCCACCCAUUUCUUCCGACCUCAAUCCAAGGCGCUUCCCAAUCAAUGGAAGACGGAGUCACUGCUGCGAUAUGUCUCGAAUUGGCUGGAAAGAAGAACGUUCCCGAGGCGAUCCGUGCCUACCAGAAGAUACGGUAUCCUAGAGUUCUCGAGACGCAAAGGACUGGCGUCACGAACCGCGAUAACUGGCACAAAGCGGAUUUUGACUAUGUGAAAAAGCAUCCAGAAACUGUCAAACUGCCGAGGCAUGCUUGGAUCUUGAAUUUUGAUUGUGCGAAGCAUGUAUACGAUGUGUAUGAGGAAACUGUCGAAAGUCUGAGGAGAGACCCGGAUUGGAAACCCGACCCCAGGCUAUGA